GUCGGCAAAGCAGCAUUUGCUUACAGUACGAAUUAUGCAAUGAGACAAGUCGCCAGUUACAUUAAACAAGACUCUACAGUUCGUAAAAUAGAUACGAGUGAACUUGAGCGUGCUCGUGAGAGUCUGGAUAUAAGUAUUAAGAUUGUUCAGCCAGCCAUUGACCUUAUCGAGAUUAUAAGUCAACGCGGUAACACAUCUCUUGAGCCGGCAGUAGCAAGAACCCUACAGCUGCGUAAAGAGAUCGAUGCGUUCGCCCAUAAGAUUACGAUGGAGACUUUGACGGUCGAGGCAGAGGAUACAGAAAAGAUGCGUAAAUUUGAUCAUAUGUCAAUGAUCAAGGACAUGCAAGCAUUGACCAACAAGAUAGAGAAAUUUGUACCAUACUUGAAUCUCGUACUAACGACGAGUGGAACUAAUCUCGGCUGGUCUCUUCCUAAUUCUGUCAGUCCAUCACGAUUAAUGCAGGCAUCCUCUCUGUUAAAUGACACUCAUCACAAAUUCAUCAAAUCUACCGAGCCGUCUACUCGCGUUGGCUCUCCUUUCAAAGUGAAGCUAUAUUAUCUAUUUGCGGGUAAUGUUCGUCCUAAAUCGGUUGGCGAUUUUACCUGGAAAGAGGAAUUUACAAAGUGUAAUGCCGAAGUCAUUCGAAUACGAAAUAAUAAUAAUGGUAAUGAAGAAGAAGGAGAGUUUUGUUACGAGUUAGUAUUGACGGAAGAUCUUAAUGAUGGUCGAUAUCACGAGGAGUUUGAUAUGGGCGAUAGAAAGAAACAGAAAGAAACUAUUGCUAAAUUAGGCAAGAGUAACGUAACUAUUCCCGGAAAAGUGAAAAGGAUUACUGUCAGAAACAUAUCAAGAUUAUAUUAUAAUUCAUCAGGAUCAUUAUUAAAUAUAGAAGAGAGUAAAUCACCCGUAUUGGUUAUCACGGUAAUUAAAGCUAAUAGACACGAAACAUUAUCGAGUGAAGUAACCGACCCCAAUCCAUUGUACGUUCCUCCUCCUGCUACUGCUACUGCUACACCAGAUAUGAGAACUAGGAAUUCAUAUGAUACUGAUAGCGAUGGAGAAGUGUCAGCUCCAUGUAGUCCUACACCAAAGGCGCAGACACCAAGUACACCUUUGCGUGAUCUAUCCUUGAUUAAUAGAGGCUAUUCUACACCUCAACCAGUGAAAAUUCUGUCGGAAAUGGAGAGUCUCAACACUCCUUCAAGAAUACCAUUACCUCAAAGUGAUGAUGACAUAGCGAGUGACGAGGGCACAAUAGAGGACGAUUCAGUUGGUGUACAAGAUCCAACAACCGAAACCAAAGCUGAGAAUGUUACUUUGGAAGCAUCUUCCGAGCGGGUUGCACCUAGUGGUCAAAUACAAGAUGACGCGUAUCGAUCUAAUCUCAAGACACUCAGUCUUUUCGAAUACAUUCUUCGAUUGAGUGCUCUCGAGAUGUCUGAGCAGAAACAGCAUCUUGAGAUAAGUGAUGAGAAAAUUAAUCUCUUCAUUAAAGACGAUGAUGGAACUUCCACUUCCACUUCUAGCUCCUCAGUUGGAUCCGUAAACGACUCUCCGGGUGCAAACAGAUCGCCGCCUCGCACUGCAUCGAGAAGAAAAAUGUCAACUUCAAAAAUGUCAAAGUCAAAGACAUCAAGAAGACUCUUAUUCAUCUCAUAA